AUGGCCUCACCACAUUCCAGCUCGCCUACCCUCCCAAGGCUCGUCUUCAGCCAGCCUGCGAGACGCGAUGGCCCAAAAACACCUGAGCCUUUCGCGAGCGCGCCAGACGCUAGCCUCUCAUCUCCCCCUCGGCCGCGCUUCAAAUUGAAGAGGCGCAACGUUCCUCAUCUCUCUGCACCCACCCAGCAUUUCCUGGCCUCCGUCGCAGCCGCCGACGUCCCCAUACCAAGUAUCGAGGAACCCGAAAUUGCAUCCCUCGACUCUGAUAUGAUUGAUACCUAUCCUGGCAUGAGCAAUUUCCCGGAUGAUGAAGACAUGGCGCUACUCGCAAUCCGAGGACGCACCUUCUCACCUCCAAAGACUCCAGCACCGGGCAUUGUCCCAUCUCUUUCGCCGUCAAGAUAUCCGAACUGGACUAUCGACUCGUCCUUUACGAGUUCUGCCGAGUCCAGCCCGGAGCCCAGCCGGCCGUCGACAUCGCGGUCAACCCAGACCAGUGCCUCGCUCUUCAGCGGUCUGUCUCAAUUCUCUGAUGAUAGCCACUGUGUGAGUCCAGAGACGGACAACUCGGACAAGUUUGUCUGUGUGUCUUCUGACGAUGGCUUCGACGCGCUGCCCGGCCCGUCGAAGCGGUCCUCGAGAAAGGCGCCGUGGACCAAGGCUAUGAGCGCGCACUUGUGGUCCACCUACAUCCUCUACCUCCAGGACCCCAAGGUCACUCCUUUCAGGAUUGGCAAGAGUUGUGUGCCUCCUCAUGGCGUCUGCCUUCGCGUGGCUCGCGAGGCCAGGCGAAGUUGGAAAGGCGCAAGGGCAUUCGGCAACGUUGCUGCUCCGGUAGCACCAGGCACCAAGAGUGGCAGCAGUACCCCAACAGCAGAGAGCUCAGGGACGUACAUGGAAUGGCCGCAUACCUGCGCCGCUACCCGUGCUCACUUGCGAGACCUGUGCAAAUUGAAGGCGUCCACGCCUGGCGUCCGGAGCUUCCACCAUAUGUCCCGAAGCCCUACUCCAUUCACCCAGGCCGCCACCAGGCACUGGAACCGGCGCACGACGCCAGCCGGCCUCGCCUCGGCGUUCGGGACGCAGGACAUGGCGCUCUCGCUGACGGCGAGCACCUCCGAGGCAAUGCAGCCGCAGGGCCCGCUGGCUCAGCUUACCGGUUCCGGCCCGCAGUUCCCUCCAAGCUCGCCUCCACCUAUGGUGUUCACCUUCCCUGGCCCUGGCCAUGAGAGCGAGGCGUCGGCUGCCGAGCGCCGGCGCCUCGGUUCGCCCUUCACAGCAAGAAGCUAUGGACCUAGCUCAUCUGCGCCCCUCGCUGCUGUGCUGGGCUUGACUACCAACACUCGUCAGCCCCACACCGUCGGCCCUCGGCGCACUCUCCAGUCGCCUGUCCGUCUCAGCAGAUCUGGCACGCAAAAGAGGCGAUCGAAGCAAGGGCACGAGGCUCGCAAGCGUCCCAGCUUGGCUUCGGAUAUCUUUGUUGAUCCCUCGAUUGCUAUAACGACUGCACCUACGGAAGCUAGCCUCGGUCCUGCUUUCAGUUCUACGAGCACGGCUCGCAAUGACGAGCUCUUCAUCCCCAGGAGCCCGAUGGGAUCCCUCACGACUUCCUCGACAGCCCCGCAGCUUUCGACAAAGUCUCUGGCGCCCCCCGAGGUUCCUCCACCUCGGCUUGGUUCGCCCUUCCGCGGCCACGGACACAGUUCCAGCUUUAGCUUCCCGAACCGCUUCUCGCAGCCCAUCACGCUCGACAUCGAGGCGCUGGGUCGGCCCUUCUCUACUGUGCGCCAGCCUGUCGCUGCGGCCGAGACGUCCUCGCCGCCCCCGCGAACUGAUCUCGCUUCUCGUCUGGCCUACAUUGACCAGCGACUUAAGGAGUUUAGGAGCCGAGACAUCACUCGCCGGCGCUCAGAGUCGCCUCUGUGA